AUGAUGAAAAUUGCCGACACCGCCGCCGAAAUCCUCGGAGAAGAGACAGACAUGCUAAGCGACGAUUUUAUGCAGUAUUUUGGCACUUGCUUCGUGAAGUUCUUUAGUCACUAUGGAUACGAUCGUGUCAUCAAAGUAAGCGGCCGCUAUCUGCGGGAUUUUCUAAUAGGAAUUGACAACUUGCACGAACAUAUGCGUUUUGGAUACCCAAAGCUUCAGUCGCCGAGUUUCUUCUGUGAAGAGGAAACAAGUUCUGGGCUAAUUUUGCACUACAUUUCCAAAAGGAAGGGGUUCAUGUUCUACGUUGUUGGUCAAAUCAAAGAAAUCGCGUCUCAGUUUUAUAGCAUGGACGUAGAUGUUAAAGUUCUAAGCAACGAAGUCGUCAACAAUACAACUCACGUUGUCUACCGCUUGGGUUUUGAUAAUACCGGGUAUAAACCUCCGGCUCCAGACUUUUUGUCAGUUCAGAGCAAGCAAGGAAUCAAUGUGGAGAUAUUUUUCAGUAUAUUUCCUUUCAGUUUUGCCUUGUCUUACGAUAUGACAAUCAAUAUGGCUGGACACGGAAUUAUAUCUACAGUGGGAAAUCGUAUCAUCGGCAAUGACAUCAGAGAGCUGUUCAGUAUGAGAAGACCAAAAGCCGAAUUCACUUGGGAAACGGUACGUAAUAAUGGUGUCUAGUAUAUAAACUCCACUAAUAUACAGCGUUAGCUUUUGCAAAAACAUGAUCAAAAUCAAUCAUUUUUGAUAGAAUUUAACUAACUUUAACUAAAAAUUUCUUUCGAUGGACAAAGAAACUAAGCUUCAGAAUCGCCUCAAAUAUUUUAACAACUUAGUUAAAACUAAAUGAUGAAUUAAUAAAUAGAUAAAUUAAUAAUUAAUUAAUAAUGAUUUAGAAGUAUCAUUCUCGUUUUUGAGGAAAAUGGGAAACCUGUAAGCCCAGAGGAAAUUCCUCGCUGUAAGGGCCAAAACCAACGGCAACUCAACUCUCACAAAGCAUUACCUCUGAGAUCAUCUCACCUAGUCCAACACGACCACCCCUAGACUCCCGCCCAGUCAGCUUGGGUGGAGGAGCGCCGGUCUGCUGAGCGUGAGUUCAAACCCUGGCCGGACGUACUACUAACCAAGGUCUUUAAAAUAAACUCACAGGUGAGAUCAUGCUAGCCGUGAUUAAAAAACCCUUUAUCAGUUCAGAUGAUCGCGUCAUAAUGGGCGGUGAGUUGAGCCGGCGUUGGCCUUGUCUCCUUCAUCUGUGCACAUUAGUUGGAAGGGGAUGUUAACAACCUGUGACAUUGUUCGACAAGAGUAGGGGACGUAGUCCCUGGUGUGGGAAUCUAUCUGACUUCUGCCGUCAUUGGUCUGGAUGGGCGAAGUGAGAUCAAACAUGGACUGAAGCGGCCGCAUAGUGCGCUUUUACAUGCUGGCGUCCGAUCUCUCCUCUCCGGUUUUUUCGUAGUUCAGCCAUUGGCUGCAAGUGAGGAAAAUUGGCAACCGGUUAUUAUUAACAAAAAGAAAGCAGAACCACGACAUUUUCUUUAGAAAUUAGCUCUUCUGGAAACAAACCAAACAGGUUUAUUUUAAAGGUCACAUGUGUACUAGCUACUGAUGUAUUCAGUACACUACUGGCCAGCAUCACUGUCACACGUGAUAGAUUUCUGUGUCUGUUAAUCAGAAACCUUAAACGUUUACUGUACCGGCUGGUCACCACAGAUCAAACAACUGAGCUGGUCAUAGACAAUUGCCAAACCCAAAUUGAUAGGUCAAAGUGUACACGCAGGGUCGUGAGUCUACUUGUCAUUUAGUUGAGACAGAAAACCGUAUUCUUCCAGACUAACUGCUUGCUGAAUUUUUCACUCUCUGAUAGUUCGCGACAAGGCACGUGGUUUUUGAGUUGAUCUGUACGCUGCCAACUUUACGUCGUCCCACCAUCGCCAACUUCAACAUCAACCAGUUAUCACUGGACUUCCAAAACAGAAGUACCGAAACGUGUCCGCUGUUUGUCUCUAAAGAAAAUGAAAAUCAAGCGCUGAAAAUGCCCCACAAACCACAGCUACAUCUACGGGGAAUCAUGAAGUACAUACGCUCAUGGAAUAAAAUGCUCUAUAUCUGCUCUCCAUUGUAUGUAAUUUAAUUCUUAUCUCUUUUUUUAGCAUCACUUUUUUAUUUUAUUUUUUGGUAUUAUCUAUUUCGUUGGUAUUGCACGGUUUUAAUUUUUUUGUUUCUCGCUUGGUUUGCUCGAUUGAUAGUCAAAGAACACUUGUGUCUUGAGCGAGAGGCGAGUGCAUGUUCGAACCCCAUUACAUGAGUUAUGAGGGGUUGCGUUUCUCCUUUUGGCAAUUCAAACUGGCAAGGAUUAGCUAGGGCCUGGGGGCUAAUGUUGAGGAAAAGUGAGAUUAGUUACUCAUCCGGUCCAUUAGUUGACGCUUGUUUUUUGGUGCUUAACUAACUCCAGCCUUCUGUAGAAAUAUAUUCAGUUCACUUUGCUGACAUUAUACUAAUACGAGUUAUUUUAAAGACGGUUCCUUUAAGCACCAUCAAAGUUGCAAACUUAACGUGUCUAGUUCGAAGUUGAAGUUGUUAGGUUAUAUUAUAUUUUCCUUAGAAUCGGAGGUGUUGAAGAAAUGAUGCGCAUCGGUCUGUACAUGAACGAUCUGGGGUUGCACGACACGUCACGCGAGAUGGUGCUCUCUGGAAUAAAACCACUGCCCCAGCUAGAGAUGGCUAGGGACCAGGUACUGGAACUUCCCGAAAAGUACAUGAUUAAACUGAUAUGACUGAUAUUGGUUCUUAAAUGAGACCAAUUGAUUAAGAUAAUUCUUAACUCUAAACUGUGUCACCCUUUCCCCCCUGAGAAACGUUCCACAAAAUAGACCCUUCCACGGUUUAUUCAAUUCAAUGCAAUUCAAUUUCAAUUCAAUUUUAUUAUUCACACUUUAUAAAAUAUUUACAUUAUAUAUAGUAAGGUAGGAAUACACUAAUAAAGCAGAAGAAGAAGGGGAAAAAAAUAAUGGCUUGGGUAGAAGUGUGCGGUGGUCAGAGGAGCUUAGCUUUCGAGCUAACCACCGAGCUAUUCAACUUUAACAUGGACCAAGUUAGGGAAAAUCCGUCGACAUCACUGCAAAGAGCGCCUUAAAAUCGGUUAAACUGCCAAAUUCAAAAGUGAAACGUCUUAAACGAGCGAAGAUAUAGCUCCACAGAGUUGCGAAGCGUUACAGACUUUUGUAUUUUGAGGGACACGUUUGCAACCCCCCCCCCCCGCUCCCCUCGUACAAACGUCUCUAAAAUUUCGCGACUUUGAACAGAUUUUUUCUACCUUAAUUGUCCAUGUCAAAAGUUGAAAAAAACGUCGAAGGGACGUUUAUUAAAUGCGAACAAGUAAAGGAUCAAAGAAAAGCUGAUGACGUUUUGUGACGUAAAAUGAUUUCCUUAGCCUUCGAUUCCGAUUCUGACCAUUACUUUGUGUUUUGUGGAAUUACGCAAUGUAUUUGUCUGUAAUAAAGGUAUUGCGAAGCAAAUGAGGAUUGUGAAGAUGAUUUUACUUUAACAACUGAAUAAUAUAAACACAGAUCAUGUUCAGGACGCUAUUUUUUCAUCUAAUACCAUCUAUUAGCAUCAUUCUGAGUAGAAAUUUGGAGAAUAGAGUAAAGUGUGAUAAGGGCAUAUCAAGUGCACAAGAGCCGAGACUCUGAAAAGUUAAUGACCUACGACCCUUUUUCUUCGACCAGGAAUUCGACAAAGGAAAGGCUUUAGAGGAAAACAUGGAAAAGUUGGCGUUGGAGAGAAAACGAAGCGAAGAGUUGCUUUAUAGAAUGAUGCCAAAAGCUAUCGCCGAUAGAUUGACACUUGGUGGUAAGGCUGUGGAAACUUGUGAGGUAUGUCACAAAAAUUAAUCAAAAUUCAAACAGAGGGAACCCCCAUCAAGUUGAGUAGAAAAUAAUAUAUAGAUUUAGCCAGGGCUAAAAGCGAAGCUCUGGUUAACAAUACGGGUAAACAAAAAAAAAUUAACAGUGUAACUCCGCUAAACGGGGACGACAAUGAAAAUGGCGUCAAGACUAAUAGAUCUAAUUAGCAAAAAGACAAAUUGCACGUGCAGCACACUUUUUCUUCGAAUUAACAAAAAAUAAAUUGCACGUGCAGCACGCUUUUUUGUCUUUCCCCUGCCGUUGUUUUGCACGACUACAACGCUGUUUUGUACGACUAAAACGUCAAACUUCCUAGUUACACAUUAUUUUUAUGGAGGAAUUGUCGUGUGUGCUUACCUAAUAUUUUGUUUCCUGUGUUCAUGUUCGCUUUUACUUUUCACUGCCGCUCAUUUUCACCUUGCUGGCCGCUAACAUUUCUCAUUUUCUCAACGCCGCUUUGAAUUUCCACGUUUUUCUUCCUACGAAAUUCGUCUCCUUUGUUUUUAAUAACGCGCUCUAGCUCUCUCUCUGUUAUCCACGUUAGUGUAAACAUAAAAAUUAACGCCGAAAAAGGCACGAUUUCGUUGUUGUUUUUUCCUUCUAAAAGUCCGGGCGGCCAUGUGAUUUCCUUCCAAAUAAAACCUUGAGUUGCAUUUGGGUUGCCAUACCUGUUAAUUGAGUUAUUUUACACUGGUAUGUCUGUGGUGCGUACGGACUGUCGGGGGGUCGGUGUACGGUCACGUGAUUACCAAAAUUUCUCGGAUGGGUAGAUUACCACAUUUCCUUAGCUAUGGGGCUGCGCCCACGCGCAGCGCGAAGCGCCGCGCGUGGAGCUCCGCUAAAAAUAACUGCUAAAAAUAUGAAAAGAAAGUAUAAAUAACACAGAGAAUAUUAAGGACGGUAUGAUUGGACAAUCUUAAACAAGGUUGAAACAAAAAAAAGUUGUUAACCUUCCUAACAGUUCUUGUUUCUUUGUUUUUUUUAACUUUUGAUGUGAUGUUUGGGAGACAUGUUUGUUUGACACGAAGCCAUUAGCAAGCUAUUUUUCAAGUUCCAUGGCGAAUAGAGAUGCGUAACAAGCGGUGAUUAUUAACAAAAUGAACUGGUCAGCUGUGACAGUGUUGCAUUUCAGACGUGACAAAAUACCCCAAUAACGGCCUUCAAGCAAUUGACUGCUUCAAUAUUGACAAUUGCAAAAGCAAAAUUGUUGGAAUUAUAAUUGUAGCACGGUGCACAGGGUUGAUUAAUAAAAAUGACGCUAUUGAUUACUUUACUUUGAAUUGCAGAAUUUUGAAAGUGUCACUGUUAUGUUCAGCUACCUGGAUGGCUUUGUCACCAUUUGCUCACAGGUCGGAGCUAUGGAAAUUGUGAACCUGGUCAACAACAUGUUUACCAUUUUCGACAAACUGACUGAGAAGCAUGAUGUUUAUAAGGUAAUCAAGUAAAAAGAGGGGAAGUCUUUAACCAAUUUUAUUUCAAGACUGAAAAACUUGGUUUCCUUGGUUACCUGGGAAAGCACUUUAGGCCAAAGGAAAGAUGGAGAUCUGUGAGAAGCUGCAGCCAAACUUCUAAUUGAAAAAGAUGAUAAUGAAACAAAAGUUAUGCUUGAAACUUCAUAGCUAAGUUUAAUGGCAAUAGUCAGGGUCUCUAGAUUUCCUUAAACCACCUCCAGUUCUCCUCCCGACUCCCUUUUUUUUUGUCACCACAUUCGCUACAUAUACUCAGGAGGUUGGGGGAAGGGUGGUAUUUUCCAAUCGAUAGUUUGGUUAUUGGCAAAGGUACCAUAGCUGUGGACUGCAGAUAACUGGUUAACGAAUUAAAUGAGAGAAACUUUAGAAAUGGACCAAUAAAUGAGCGAGUCCCAGUUCUUCUUGCACUAACACCCCCAACACUAAGACGUAGAUUCCAAGGGAAUGAAUAGCAGAAACACAAAAAAGGUAUUAUUUUUUAGCAAUUUUAUCGAGAAAAGGUGGUACAGCUUGAAAGCCGAUUUAGCCCUAAUUUUUUCGAUGUUUCAUGAGGAAAUAAGACAACCAUUACAUAGAUUCGACUUAGAAAAUACAAAAUAUAUCAUAGGUGAGAACUGCGGAUGAAAAUGGGGAAGUGGAUAAUUAUAAUCCCCACAGUUAAAUGGACAAACAAAGGGGCUGAAUAGAACCCAAUCAAUUUUUAGGUUUCAUUCCACUUAUAAAAUAAAGUACUCCUUAAUAAAACAGGAACAUCGAAGACAUGCUAAGGAUGCUUUGGCGUAUCCCGUGACAAAACCUGUCUGUAUGUUCUCCUCAGUUCCCCCCUUCUUACUCACAAUACCCUUUUAGGUCUCAAAAACACUGAAUUAACAUGGGUAAAUUAAACAGCAUAAGAAAAUAUGUGAAAAAAAAAAAACAACAACAACAACAACAAGAGUUCCAACCAGUCGGAGGCGGGCCAGCUGUCUAUUUACGCGUGGCUGGCCGAAGAGUUGAACCCGAGACUCUGACGGGAAACAUUAUUCCAUCUAAAGGCCAGGGCAGCUUGAAUUCGAAGUUGAAGUCAAGCCCAAACGCCACACUAUGCUGCCUCCUAAAUGGUGAUUGACUGAUAUUCACUAAAUCAUGUUUUGAUUACAGUUUGAAACCUUAGGUGACGCAAUGUACAUGACUGUUAGUGGUGCGCCAGUGAAGACGACGCGUCAUGCGGAAGCAGUCUCAGCAAUGGCACUCGACAUGCUAGAGGGCGUCGAGCUUAUUAAAAAUCCCGCCAAUAAAAAGCCUAUGACAGUCUCUAUUGGUAAGAAUCAACCUCCUGUAGAGUUUGCCAGUUAAAGUUGAAGUUGCAAAACCCAUCUGACUAUUAAUGAUUGCCCUACUGAACCAUGACAAAGACAAACAAUUUGACGGGUAAUCAAGAAACGUGACUCCCGCUUGUUAGAUUGUUUCGUUUGUUUGUUUGUUUGUGUUUCUACAAUCUGUGCAAAACAAAGGCGUGGUUUGAGGUCAUCCCCCGUGGUCCUCAGUAGGCAAAAGUAGCGCCUUGUGCUUAUGUGGCUCUAGAAGCUUGAGACUACCCUAGACUGGCUGAUAAUGCUAAGUAAAUGAGCGAUAACCGAUGCAUGGACACAGGUGGUCAGCGGGGAAAACCACCAGAAAAGUGAAAAAAUUGCGAAACUAUCAUAAUCAAUGUAGAACCAGGAUGUAAUUUAAUUAUCCCUAAGAUAUUUCACUUAUCCCUUAUCCCAAAAGUUUUUAUUUUAUCAAUUAUUUCCUAUCCCUUAAUUUAUUUGUCCAGUUAUCCCUUAUCCGUAAAACCCCCAACAGGGCCUAAAAUGUUGCAUGUAAGAAUUAAAAACAUCGUGCGGUGUAGCGUCGAAUAAAAAGAAAAGAAAGAAAAGCAUUGGAAAGAAAAAUAAUUGUGAUUGAUUAAAAAUGUAUCCAAAAUAAUCUAGAUAUCUUGAGUGAGACAUCCUGGCCAUUUUUGGUCAUUUCCGUAAACUCAAAACGGUAAUAUUUGUGGCCUCACAAAGCAUUUUGCUAUAUAUGAGACAGUGAGUAUUGGACGCUUGAUGUUCUUAUUACAACCAAGGUCAUUUUUUUCAUCUUUCAUCCUCCCAAUCAGGCAUACACACGGGUCCUGUGGCGGCGGGAUUAGUUGGUGAAAAGACACCUCAGUACUGCUUAUUUGGGGACACAGUUAACAUAGCUUCUCGGCUCAGGACAACAUCACUGGUAUGGUAUUAUCAU